GAUUUCUCCAGCCAUGUCCUCCGACCACCACGAUCCCCCUCUCGAAAAUGCGCACAUCCGCCACCGACCUUCGUUCGCCGCGUCGGGCCCCUCGACUCGCCCACACCCUGGUAGCCUGAAGGACGCUCUCGGAUCUACCGACUCCUUCGACCUCCCCGUGUUCUCGCCGCACCUCACGGCCGGCGUCGACCGCGUCCGACGCCGCUCCGAAGCUCUCCGAUCCCGCGACACCCUCGCCCUCGAGGCCGGUUCCCGCUUGCAGGAACGCGACAUCGACGCUAAGUUCGAGCUGGAGGAGGAGGUGGAGGAGGUGGACGAAGAUGUCGAUAGCAAGACGAUCCGUUCCAGCGUCGGUGGGAUCUCGACGCCGGGCGUGCCCUCGCUCAGGUUCGAGGUGGACGAGCCGCUUUCGUCGGCGUUGCGCAAAAAGAUGCGACGUCGGGAGUGGAUGCACUUCGCGGUAAUGUGCUUGGUGAUGUUCCAAAACGGCUGGAACGACGGCUCGACGGGGCCGUUGAUUCCGAGGAUCCAGCAGGUAUAUCACGUUGACUUUAUGAUCGUGUCCCUCAUUUUUGUCUGCAACUGCGUGGGCUAUGUUGGAGGAGCGUUGGCGAACGUCUGGCUUGCUGAUAGGCUUGGUCUCGGCAAGGCCAUGUUCAUAGCCGCGCUCUCUCCCGUGAUCGCAUACUGCAUUCAAGCAGCGGCGCCGCCUUUCCCGCUAUUCGCGGCUGCAUGCGUCUUCUCCGGCUUCGGUUUCUCUAUCCUCAAUGCGAGCGCCAAUGGAUAUGUCGGCAGCCUCAAAGCGCACGUCUCCACCAAGUUAUGUCUCAUUCACUCGUCGUACGGUAUCGGUGCCUUCGCGGCCCCGCUCGCUGCGACACACUUUUCGUCCCAACAGAGGUGGAGUUUCCACUAUCUCAUCUCAUUGGGCAUCGCCGUUCUCGCAUUCGCGCUCGUUGUGACCGUGUACCGCUUCAAGACCCUUAACCAGCUCUUACGCGAAACGGGCCACGAGGUGACCGAAGGCACCUCGACCGACGGGACCUACUCGCAGAUCUUCCGGAUCAAGGUGCUGCAUCUGCUCGCGCUCUUCGCGCUCAUCUACGUCGGCACGGAGGUCACGCUUGGCGGGUGGAUCGUGUCUUUCCUCAACGACCGGCGCGGCGGAGGCCCGAGUGCGGGAUACGUCAGUUCCGGGUUCUUCGGGGGCUUGGCGCUCGGUCGGGUGCUACUGAUCGGUGUCAAUCGUUUGGUCGGCGAGCGCCGCGUAGUUUUCAUCUACGUCACCCUCUCCAUCGCGCUUGAGAUCACUAUAUGGCGUGUACCCUCGCUCAUCGAGAACGCGGUUGCGGUUUCGAUCAUCGGCCUGCUGUUUGGUCCGAUGUACCCUAUUCUCGUAAACCAAGCAAGUCGUAUCAUGCCCAAGUGGCUGCUCACAGGCUCGCUGGGCUGGAUCGCCGGCGUCGGGACUGCUGGAUCCGCCGUUCUACCGUUCAUCACCGGCAUCCUCGCCGCGCGAUUCGGUAUCGGCGCUUUGCAGCCUUUUGUGGUCGCUAUGAUGGUUGUCCUGCUAUGCAUCUGGGCCAUGGUGCCCAAGAGCCCGCGCCGACCUGAGUAAGCGGAAGGCAGAAAAAAACUGCGAGCUAGAAUAAAAAAGGGACGUCUCCCUGUGUAGGGUGUUUGCUCUGGGACGGCUUUUCUGGGACGGCUUUCUCCCCUUCGCACGGCGCAUCAAUGAACGAUUUUAUUUCACUUGGGUUUCGAGAUAGAUGGCAGGAGACGUGUGUGAUAGUUGUAUAGAAUAUAG